CUCAGUGACCCUCCUCCUCCUCUCCGGUUCAGUCAGCAACACACCGUGUGAUUGGCUUUAUUGGAGGUCAGCAGCUGUUUCUCGUUCGUCGAAAUGGCGUCUAACGAUUAUUCCCAACCUUCUGGCCAAGGCUAUGGGUCCUAUGGUGGAGGUGGAGGUGGAGGUGGUGGUGCUAGCCAGGGCUAUGGUCAGUCUUCUGGCCAGAGCUACAGCCAGCAGGGCUACGGAGGCUACAGCCAGAGCUCUGACAGCAGCUCUGGCUCCUAUAGCCAAGGAGGAUAUGGCAGCUAUGGUCAAUCUCAGUCAGGAUAUGGUUCUCCACCCUCUAACCAGGGUGGUGGUGGUGGUGGUGGUGGUGGUUAUAAUCAGUCCUAUAGCCCUGGAGGCUAUAACAGCAGCAACCAGCCCUCCAUGAGCUACAACCCACAGUCAUCCUUCUCAGGGUACAGCCAGCAGCAGCCUCCUCCUUCAUCCUCUGCAGGCUAUGAAGGUAACUCACAGGUUUCUGGCUACAACCAGCCACCAAGUGGAGGACAGAGUGGAGGUGGUUACGGCACCAGUGGAGGUCAGACUGGUGGCUAUGGUGGCAGCGGGAGCCACCAACAAUCAUCCCAACAUGGAGGAGGUCAUUACAACCAGCCUCCAAAUUAUAACUCACCCCCACCACAGAGCUACAGCCAGCAGAGCCAGUACGGUCAAGGUGGAGGAUAUGGAGAUGAAAGCCCCCCAAUGAGUGGAGGAGGUGGAGGAUACGGUGGUUCUGAUGGAGGUUAUGGAAGUCCUGAUGGCCGCGGUGGCAGGGGCCGUGGGGGAGGAUUUGGAGGUCGUGGUGGCGGCGGAUAUGAUCGUGGUUUUGACCGAGGUGGCCGAGGUGGACCAAGAGGAAGAGGAGGCAUGGGAAUGGGCGAUCGUGGAGGAUUCAAUAAGUUUGGUGGACCAAGAGAACCAGGACAUGGACAUGGAGGACCCGGUUUCAUGCAGGACCAGGAUAACUCUGAUAAUAACACCAUCUUCGUACAAGGCCUGGGUGACGACUACACUGUUGAGUCAGUGGCAGACUUUUUUAAGCAGAUUGGGAUCAUUAAGGUCAACAAGAAGACAGGCCUGCCCAUGAUCAACCUGUACACAGACAGAGAGACAGGGAAGCUGAAGGGGGAGGCCACUGUGUCUUUUGAUGACCCUCCCUCAGCUAAGGCUGCCAUCGACUGGUUUGACGGUAAGGACUUCAAUGGAAAUCCUAUUAAGGUGACUUUUGCCACCCGCAGAGCUGACUUUGGUGGCCGAGGUGGCAUGAGGGGAGGCCGAGGGCGAGGAGGGCCAAUGGGCCGUGGUGGAUUUGGAGGAGGUCGUGGUGGAGGUUUCCCAGGAGGCAAUGGAGGCAAUGGGGGGAGUGGAGGAGGAGGAGGAGGAGGUGGUGGAGGACAACAGAGAGCUGGAGACUGGAAGUGUUCAAACCCCAACUGUGGCAACCUGAACUUCUCGUGGCGUAAUGAGUGUAACCAGUGCAAGGCCCCGAAACCUGAGGACGCUGGUGGGAUGUCCCCAAUGGAAAGAGGAGGUUACGGAGGUGAGCGCAGAGGGGGCUUUGAUCGAGGUGGCUUCAGGGGUCGAGGUGGUGACCGUGGGGGUUUCAGAGGGGGCAGAGGAGGUGACCGGGGAGGAUACGGCCCUGGGAAGAUGGACGCAAGGGGUGACCACAGACAGGAUCGGCGGGGCCGUCCCUACUAAAUCAUCCAUGAUCAAUCUCCAAGAAACAAACCCUCCCCCCUCCCGUCGCAGUGCGAAGACCAGUGUUCAGUGUGUAGAAAAUGUGACUAUCCUGUUUUUUGUGUGUUUGCUCUUAAACAUGUAACUCCACGAUCCCUUCCUCUGCUCAGUGGGGCCUUAUUUACAAAACAAUCUAAAGAUAAAAUUCCAUCGUAAGAAAAAGGAAAUCUCCCUUUUUAUGGUGUGUAUAAUCGUGUUCAUGUAUUACAGCAUCAUCAGUCCGAAUGAUUGUGGUAGUUUACUCACGAGCACUAUCACUGGACACAAGCUGUCAGAAUUGUUUCAGACAAGUCCAGUUAACCACAUCAUGGGAACUACAUAAUACCUCUACAGGGAGGUUAUGUCUUCAGGCCCAGACACACCAAACCGACUAUUGAGAACUAGCGGCAACAAAAGCACAGUGCUGUGUGGCCCAACGUUGCACAUGACCACACCACAAAGUCUUCAACUGACAGCCAACCAGCACGUACGUUCUGCACUCCUGUGUGAGGAAAUAACUCUCUAUAGCAGCAGAUGGUGGACGUCCGUAAUUGUCAUUCAAAAAGGGACAGAUGAGAAGACUGUCUUGACACUAGUUAGCCACUUAGCACAUAACAGCACGAUCCAGUGUUGAAAGAACAGAGCAUAUUUACAGUGCACCAGUGAACAAUAACACAAACCAUCACAGAACGUUUCUGCUAAAGAGCUCAAUGACAAAAUAAAAAUAAUCUUACUUUAUGUAACAAGUUUGUUUUGAUCUCUCUCCCUCUUGACUUUAGCUCUUUGUUUACUUUCUUCACUUCUGUUUCACUUUUCUCAAUCUGAGCCAAACUGCCAAUCAGACUGAUUUCAUUAAUUGACGGGCUCCGUAGUUGCAGACACCGACUCAACAUGCUGAUUUGCCAAAAAAUAAGCUGUGCUGAUGAGGGCCAACAGUGUGGGGACACAACAGAGUGACAUGGUCAACGGCCCAACAUGGACUGAUGGAGGAGCAUCAGCUUGGUGUGUCAGGGCCUUUAAGUCUCAUUUCCUUCACAUUUAAAAGAUUGAAAUUUUAGCCAUCAGACAAAAGAACAAAUGAUUAUUAACAUUAUUAUGAAUUUAUUAUGAACUGCUACAUUUGCAUGACUAAAACAAUCUGGCACUUGUAUCUUAUAUCUAUUUUCUAAAUGAGGUUUGUCAAUACAAACAUUUACAAUUUUAUCUAAAAAGAACAUCUGGAUGAUUGAAGCUUGUAUUCUAGUUUAGAAUUGAAAUCAAAGGUGAACGUCAGACAUCAUCACGACUCUGGCCUGCUGUUCUUAACAUAGAGAACAGAUUUGCAAUGUAAUCGGUGCUUAUAACUAACUUUUUAGUGCUUUUAUCUUUGUUUUCACAUUGAUGUUUCACUCUGAGGCAACCUGGGGACUUUAAAACCUGUCUGAUGGCCCGUGUGGUAAUCGUGUGGCUAACACUGUUGCACAGUGCUUAUGUGUCAGCAAAUGGCUGACGCUUUGGUGAUAAGACACUCCUACAGUUGUGUGCUGUGUAGGAAACAAUCUAGGAAAUCAUUUUGCUUUUUACCGUCAGUGAUGUCUGUGCAAUUUCAGUCACUUGUCAUAAACUAAUUGAACUCGUCACACUUGUCACAUUGAAUACCAAUUUCAUCUGAGAUGCCAAAAUUACUUUAAGACCUUCAGUUAAUUAUUAUUCACUCUGUGGUUAUAAACUUUUUCUAAGUUAUUCAUGAAAAGUAAAAUCCACUUUUGUAAAUGAGGCCUCAUGUCUGCGGAUUUAUUUCAGAUGUUUUUGUUGACAGUACUCUUACUAGUGUAUUUAUUGUUUUUCUUAGUUGUUUUUGUAAUGUACAUGUGCUGGUUUUCAAAUGAAAGUGCUGCUAAAACCAAA